AUGUGGGAAGAUAUAAAACCAGUUUGGGGAACAGGUUUAUUUGAGAAAUUUUAUUAUGGUCCAUUUCGUGUAGUAUUAUCAACUCAUCCAGAAGAAUCUGAUAGUUGGUGGGAUUCCUAUAAUGAUUGUAUAAUAUUUAUUGAUGAAUAUAAUCAAUACCUUAAUAAUCCAUUUUAUGCACUACCUCGCGAUACAUCAAUUACAUUAACAAAUGUGAGCUCUUCUUUUGAGCCAUUGAUUAAAUCUUUAUUUCCUUCUACAUAUGAGAUUUUAAUGAAUCCCUCUAUAAUUCGUAUGUGUGAAGAUAUUUCUGUAGAACUUCCUCUUCAUCAAUUGGAAGUAUUUGGAUUCUUGAAUUUGGCUAUAAUGGAUCCUUUACUAAAAAAACAGGAUGGUUCAAUAGAUACAAUAAAUCUUCCAUAUACAAUUACAGAAUUGUUUUAUCGUGAAAGGAAAUUUUUAUUACUUAUUAUAUAUGAAAUGGCUAGAAAUAUUCAUACAAGUUUGAUUCUUGGUGUAUUAUGUGACAAUUCACCUGAAUCUAACUCUAAUUUAACUUCUCCAUCUCACUCUGAUUCAAAUAUUGUCUCGACAAUUUUUACAAGUCAAUGCAAUCCUUUAUGUGUAUAUGGAUGUGCUAAAAUUUUAAUGGGUGGGUUUGUAAUUAAUGUAGUUAAUUCAAUAUUUCAUUGUAUUCAGGCUGCUGGUAGAUUAGGACCAGUACAGAAUAAAGCUGAAUCUCAGUCAGCAAUGGCUGAUAUACCAUUAGAUAUAGAAGUUAAUAAUACUAUGAGAUCACAUUAUAAAGAUAUAAUUAAUAGAUUGACUGAUACAAUAGCUUUAUUAUUGGCCCGUUUUCAUCCAAAAUUAGAAGAAAUAGAAUCUAUGAUGGAAUUAAUUCCUAAUAUAGCAAAGAUGCAUCCAAGUUUUUUAACAAAUAGGCCUACAGCAGCUGAUUAUGAUUCUUGGAAUGAAUCUAAAGAUAAUUCUAGUUUAUCUUUAUCUAUGAAGAUUUUAUUUAUUAUUAUUGUAUCAUUUGAUACAGUAGCCCAAAGAUGGACUAGAUCCGAUAUUCCUGAAUCACGUCCAAAUUCUCUAUAUAAUUCAAUUGAGUGGUAUUUCUCUACAAAGAGACUUCCUAAGUCUAAUAAACAAAAUUUAUUUAUAUGUAAGAAUCCUUUGAUACAUAAGUUAUUACAGGAUCAUAAGGCAACAUCUUCAGAUUCUGAUUUAUCUUUAACAUUAGAUAAAUCAUAUUUAAGUGCAUUUUGGGAUGAAGAUACUCAACUUGGUAAAUUUGCAGCUUUUUCAAUUAAUGGGAUUUUUGGAAAAAACUCUCAAAAGCGUUUUCUUGGAAUUACUCAUUGGAAAGUUUUUGAUCAUAUUCAGUUAAAUCUGAUGCCACGUCUACAUCCUUUAGAACCUGUAAAUCUAAUUUUUCUUCAGGUUAUCUAUGAUUUUUAUUUAGCAGCAUUUAACCCUAUUGUUGAUCCAAUACAGUGGUCACGUAUAUUACAACUUCAAAGAAGAGUUUUAAUGGAUAAAGGAACAUCAGGAGGGGUUUCUAAUAGAUCAGAACAAAAACGUUCUAACUCAUCUGAAAAUAAAGGAAUUACAUCUAUAUUAAGCCCUAUUAUAUGUUGUUUGGAUGUUUUAUGUAGAAGAUAUCCACCUUCAAGUUGGGGAGCUUCUAAAAUACUUUCAAGUUGUAUUGAAAUGUUCCCAACUCUCAGUAUGUAUUCUUCAUAUAAUGAGAUUGGAAAGGAUACUUCAAUACUCUCUAUGUCUCCAAUACUAUUAGAACUUUUUAUAGAUUUAUUAAAUUUAGCUGGAACAAUAAUGACUGUUGGACAUUAUUCUUUGGGUCAACAAAUAUCUCACCUUUUACAAAAUCAACCUUCAAAUAUCUGGUUUCAUCUUCCCUCUAUAAUCCAAUUUUUAGCUAAGGUGAUAUCAAAAAAGCUUCCUGGUAUUCAGUUAUACCUUGGUACACCACUUUUAGCUCUUGAAGAUCCUAACUUAACUCCAGCAAAUGUUAGUAUAUGGAAUGGGAGUGGAUUAGAUUCUUCAAAUAUAUUCCAUACUUUAUGUGGCUCAGUUCUUAGAAUUAUUGCAUCAGGAUUUUCAAAUCGCUUAUUAUUGAGUCAUCCUCCUCCAAAUGUCUUAUUAAAUCCUGUAAUAAACUUAAAUGGUGAUAAAUUAAUUGUAGAUGUCUUAAUUACAUUAUUUAGGGAUUCAUCCGACAAUGGAUUAUUUGAAAAUCAGCAACUUUUAUACUCACUUUAUAGUGGAUGUUUAGAUGCUUUUUCAAUGGGAUUAAUACAUAUUCAAACUCACCAAAUGUUACAAAUAAUAAGUCAAAAAAUUAAUCAACUUUCUAGAACUCUUCAAUUUGCAAUCCAACAUGUAAAAGAUUAUGGAGAAUUUGCAGUUAAGAUUUUAAGUUGUAUUCUAACAUUAUUAUUUAGAAAUUCCCAAAUAGAACAAAUUAAAAUCCAAAUGAAUAUUGAAAAUUUAAAUAGUCCAAAAGAUUCUAAUUACUCUUUCCAACUUCCUCUACUUCGUUGGAUACUUUCAGAAAUUCUUCCUAUUCUAGAUUCAUUAGAUAAUCUUCCUUCAAUUAGAUAUUGGCGUCUUUCAACUCUUAUUCUUAAAUAUAUGAGAUUUAUUCUAUGCCAUCCUCUUCCGCAAAAUAUUGAACAAUCCAGAGAUAACUCUGAGGCUACUAUUUGGUUAUUCCGUUGCUUAUUAUCAAUAGAUUCACCUACUUAUCACCAAGUAAUGCAUCUUAUAACUCUACAUAGGCAACCUCAUUUAAUAUUUUUAAAAGGAUCUUCAAGUGAUCCCUGUACCUUAUUACAAAUUCAGACUGCCAGUGUAGGCCUUGAUUUGUUACGAAUUUUGUUUCAAAGAGAUUAUAUAUUUAUAUCUUGGGUUAGGCAUUAUAAGUCUAUUCUACAUCAUCAAUAUUUAGCAAAUUCUACUAAUAUUCAAUCAAAGGAUACUGAAUUUGAUUCUAGUUCAAUGCAAACUUUGGAUACCUUAGCUUAUGCAAAUAGUGCUUUGAUUCCAAUUGACCAACAAUUAAAUCUACCUCCUCUAUCUGGAUCUUCAAAUUUACCAAAUACUUUUCAUUAUAAGGGAGCUUUGUUGGAAUAUUUUAUUACUGGAGUUGAUGAAGAUAUUCUUAAAAAUAUGGUAUAUAUUCUAUAUCAGCUUGUAAUUCGAGAUUAUCAAGGGAUUUCAGCUUUAUUUCACUAUUCCCCUUCUCUUUUAUUACAAGUAAAGUCUUGUUUAAAUCAUAUUUUAGUAAAUCCAUCUAAUGAUAAAUUUCCAUUUUCAAUCGAAAGUUUCGUUUCAGAAUUGUCUUCUUCCUUCUUGUCUAUUUGGGCUUCUCCAUAUGCUCUAACUCCAGUAGAAACAGAAGUAGGAUCUAUAACUAGAACUUCUCUGGUUUCUGAUGAGCAAGCUACUUUUUGGGAAGAAAUUGCUGAAAUAGAUUCCUUAUCUACAAAAUUACAAUAUAACUUUUUAGGGUGUUCAUCCAAAUCCUUAUUACCUAUAAAUUCUCAACUAGAGUUAUAUUGGAAUCUCUAUCAAAAUGCCUUAAUAGAAUCCUAUGACUUAUCUCUAUGGUUAAGUUUAAGAAAUUCAGAGAUAAAUUCACCAUUAUUCAUAUCUUCAAGUAUUAAUGAUCAUAUCCUUAAUGGAUAUUUACAGAAUUUAGCUCCUAUAUUUCAGCUGAAUAAAUCAUUUCACUAUGAAAAGUUAUCAAGAUUUCAUCUUACAAGUAUUAGAUCUUUAAUCGUUCAUACUUUAAAUAUAGGACUUGAACAGAAUUAUAUUAUUUGUAAUGGACUUUUAAAAAGAGACUCAUCUGCAACUGCAGUACCUUUGAUGUUAGGAUUAUAUUUGGAUAUAGUUACAGAUGUACCUACUAUUAAUGAAUACUUAUCUCCUGAUUUAAAUAAUAUAUCUCCUCUUAGUACUAAAUCUUACGAGGAGAUUUAUGCAGGAGGUCCAUUAGUAUGUGAUGAUGGACUUUUUCCUUUACUUACUAUUAUUAGUCUUACAUCAAAUCCUCCUCAAAUUCCUUUACUUCAACCAGGUGAAAAUAAAAUUAAGGACCCUACUAUUGAUUUUACAAUAUUAACGCAAAUGGAAUUAUAUUAUGUAUGUUUGAGACUUGUUGUAAACCUUUUAAAAAUUCCUCAAACUGUUGACUUUACAAUUAGAUUAAUACUUAAUUAUUGGCAUUCUAGAUACUCAAUUUUAAAAGAGAGACUUGCAACACCAGUAAAUUGGAUUCCCCUAGAAUACAGAUGGUGCCAUUAUCUUCAUAUUACAUUGUUAAUCCAUAUUCAUUCUAUUGAGAUCUUCAUAGUAUCUGAAGUUACAAAUACUUGUUUGACUUACUGUGGAUCUCUUGAAAAUAACAAAUUUGAGACUGGUGAAUCGUAUUGGUUAAUGAAUGCUCAUAAUUUACAGAUUCUUAAUCGCAUAUUCCUAUUUCCUUCUCGUACUGGAUCAACAGUUACUGAACCAUUCGAUAUACUUGCUGUAUUAUUUAAUGUUGGACAAACUUUGUUAGAUGAUUUGGAAUUAGGUGAUAAUUAUCAAAUAUCUUUACUGUUAAACACAUUUAUACCAUUCUUUACUUCCCCGAAAUUAUUAGCUUGUAUGACAUAUUUUGGCAAGUCUAUGUAUUCUAAAUUACCUCAAUUUGUCAUAAAUAAUAAAUUUUCUGGAAUUUGUAGUCCAUCUAUUCAUACAAUGUGUUGUCAUGCGUUACUUAGUGAGUACGUUCAAUUUUUUGGAUUACUCUUACAACAUUAUAGUGGAAGAUCUCUUCUUAGAAGUAAAGAUUAUAAAACAAAAGAUACUAUACCAAAUAUUAAUUUUACAUUACAUUCCCUAAUUGAAUUGUGUAGACCUUAUUUAAAUAUUUCAUUUCUUCAAAAAAGUCCAAUUCCAAUAUCUACUGCAAUUUUAUCAAUAUUUUCCCAAUCCUUUUUAACAUUACUACAAAAUAUUGACUCUUCUAGGCUUGCUAGCAUAGGAAAUAUAUCUUUUAAUGGAAUUAAUUUCAAUAAUAUAAAACAAUCAAAUAGUACAAUUGCAAUUAUUCAGGAUUGCUGCAAAAAUAUUAUUGAAUUACUGUGUGAUCUUGAAACUCUUCCUAAACUUCCUUUAGAAUGGAAAAGUACCUUAAUGUUUUUAUUUACAAGUUGUAUAGCCCUAGAUUGGAUACACGAAUCUAAAAAUUUAUCAGAUUCAAGUUCAAAUUUAUUAUUACAGCAUAUUUGGCCAGAUAUAUGGGUAAAGUCUACAAAACAAAAUUCAAUAAGUUUUCAAAAGUUUAUUUCUAUAUUAAUAAGUAAUUUAGAUAAUUUCCAACUAAUAUCUGAAGAUAAUAUACCAAAAUUAAAUUUGAAUUGGAUCUUUCCCCAUAAUUUAAAUUCUAAAUCCGUAUGCUGGAUAUACAACCCUUUUGAGUCUAUUUCAAAUAAUGGAACUGGAAAUUUUGGAGAUAAAUUUGGAAAUAGAACUCCUUUAAAUAAUAUAAAAAAUAAUUAUAAGUCAAAAUUAUUUUAUCCAGAUUUAUUAGCUGGCAUAGAGAAUGUAGAUAACUAUUUUUAUUUUUCAGCUUAUUCUCUAUUUUUAAUAUAUGCACAGAUACAUCAAUAUAAAGAUAAAAUUAUGAUAGAAGAUUUCCAAGUAAAAUAUUUGGUACCUUAUUAUAAUGGAGAUAGACAUAUACAAAUUUUUUUAAAACUACUUCAAAUAUCUCAAAAAAUUGGAAAGUUUUCUAUAAAUAUUAUUUCAUUAUGGAAUCAUAUUACUGCCUUUUGGUUGAAUAUGUCUCCUAUCUUUUUAAGAAGAUUGUUAGAAACCAAUUAUAUUGAUUAUUUGUUAAAUGUAGACAUUUUAUUGGAUAAUUGUCAAGAUUUUAUUAAAUGUAUCUCACAAUUAUUACCAGAUGAAUUAAUGGAAACUAAUUGUACUAAUAUUUAUAGAUACACACAACAAUCAGAUAUGUUAUUUUCUUUUUUUUCAUUAAUUUAUCAAAUUACUGAAAAGGGAGUUUUACCUGAUAAUAUUUUAGGUGGAUAUGGUUCUAAAGAAGCAUUACUUAUUAUUGGAAAAUGGAUCACAAAAUUUGAAGCAUUUUUUAGUGCAAUUUUAGAUAAUACUAUUAAAUAUAUAACAUUUUCUUUACAAUCUAGAAGAUCAACUUGGACUAUGAGUGAUCCCCUACAACCUAAUGAAUAUGGAAGUGAACUCUUAUCUCUGUUAAUUCCUUUGCUAAACCCACUUAUUAUGACUGCUUCAAAGAUAGUAAGAGGUUUAAACCAGAAGAAAUUAUACAAAGAAUAUUCAGAUAAUACAAAGGAUAUAAUAAUUGGAAUGUUACAUAACAAAUGUACUCAAAUUCUUCUAAAUUUGUCACAAAAUAUUUUUAUUGUGAAAAAUAAUUUUAAAUUAAUCUAUACAUUAAUGUUUUCAUGUAUGUUGUGGUUAGAUACUGAUAUACAAGAUAUUAUCAUAAUACAAAGUGAGUAUCUAACUCCAAAACAAAUAAAAUUUGGACAAGAUAUAGACAAAUGCAAAGAAAAUUUUCCUCCUUUUGAAUUUAUUACUUUACAAAAAAGAAAGAAUAAUUUAGCAAAGUGUAUAUCAAUGUGCAUUAAUAAUCUUGUAAAACCUUUAAAAGAUGACAAUUAUAAAACACUAUUAAUUGAAAAGAAUUAUUUACAAGAUAUUAUUAUGAUUAUUACUAGUUGUGCAAAUAUACUAUGGUUAUCUUGUAAUGGAAUAUACCAAAUUUCACUAGAUAAAUUGGAGCAUAUCGAUAAGAAUAAUUUAACUCUUUUCAAUCAUGAAGAUCAACUUUCUGAUAUUAUAAAAACUUGUAUGGAGUCUAUUCAUAGUGUUGUUAAUGUUAAAGAUAAGUCUGAUAAUUCAAAUAAAAUCCUUGAAAGUAUGGAGUCAACUUGUAAUAAAGAAUUGCAAAUACUCAAAUCUAUAGUUGCUCAGCUUGAGAGUUUAAUAAAUUAA